AUGGAGGGGAGAAGGGGGAGCACCGCAUCCCACGCCCGUCAACUCCCCUGCGACGAUGCACAAGGCAAUGCGGGCAAUGGUGGGGUGUUGGACGACAGCGUUGCGCCGGUGUCGCCUUUGCCCAACACCACCACCAAAACCGUAGCGACGACUACCGCUGCUGCCUCCCCAUCGAUGAUGGCGACGGCUGAGUCUCUCCUUGAUAUUCGUGAGCGUCGCAAUUGGCUCAUUCAUCAAUUCUACGUUCGCCAAGAAUACGCGGAUUGCCUUAGCGUUCUCGAGGCACAGCUGCAGGAGUGCGGGGGAGUUUGCGAGUACGCGUUGUACGUCAAGGGACUUCUUAAGAGGCGCACUGGGGAGUUGACGGAGUCCUUUAAUCUCUUCCAGACGGCCAUGCUGAUCAAUCCGCAGAAUCCAGCGAAUCAGAGACAAGUUGCCCAGGCUCUUCUCCUUCUUGGGAAGCACCACGCGGCGAUUGACAUGUUUCAAGAGGCGCAGCGUGUACGCGAGGUAAACGGUGUUGGAGAUGACUGGGUCAUUCAUUAUAGUAUUGGUAUGUGUUAUAUUUACCUUAAAGACUACGAGAAUGCGGAGACGGCGUUUGUGCGCUCCAUCACGGUCCAGCGACAUGACUGUACCAUGCUGCAGCUAGGCAAAGUGUUGGUGCUGCGGAAGGAUUACCCCAGAGCCGUUCGCCUCUACCAGGAAUUCUUGCAGACGUCUCCCGACAAUGUGAAACUUCUGACGGCGCUGGGGCUGCUGUACCUGCAGGUGGACAAUCCCCCCCAGGCCUUCCACUACCUCGGUAAGUGCCUCACCCUAAACUCAUCCAAUCCCACAGCUAUUAUGGCGGCGGCAAGCAUCAUACAAAGCAACGGAGACUUUGGUGUGGCCUUGAACAAGUAUCGUGUUGCCGUAGCGAAGCUGCCACGUUCUGCACGUUUAUGGAGCAACAUUGGAAUGUGUUUUUUUGCUCAACAAAAUAUGCACGCCGCUGUUGCUUGUUUAGGCAAGGCGGCUGCCUUGGCUCCUUUUGAGUGGCGAAUUGCGUACAACAUGGGGCUGGUGUUUCUGCAUCUGAAGCAAUAUGCUUCAGCAUUUCACUACCUUUCCGCCUCAACGUACCUCUAUGGGACCUAUGCCCCUGCCUUUAUGCACCUUGGGGUUUCUCUCGCCCUCAUGAACGAUGUUGAUAACGCAUGUGUAGCCUACACGCGUGCGCUUUCCAUAGAGCAAGACCCACUUACCUCGCUAAAUUACUGUAUCACACUGCAGAACUGCGGGCGGGAGGAAGAGGCGCGGAAGCAACUUGCCCAAUUCACCCAGUUGUGGCAAGCCAUGCCUGAGGUGCAGCAGCAAGCUUUGGGACCGGCAGUUCCACGCAUGGCAAAGGUUCUCACUGAGCGGCUAAGUGGUCCAAGCGAGGCAGCUAACAAUGCAGCAACUGGGGUUUCAACUGAGUGA